AUGCCGAAGCGCACUUGCGAUGAGAGAAAGUGCGCUCCACUGAUAAGGCGUGUCGCCUCAUUGUCACUUUCCAGACAAUGCUACGACGGUCCAACUACAACGGAAGCCGCCCAUCUCACAACGAGCACUCGACCGAAUCCGAUCGAGACUCUGCACAAUGUUGUCGUUGAGCAUCUUGCUCACUUCAUCGGCGAUGUGUCGCUUUGGAUCCAUUUUUCCGACGUUCUUGAUCGCGAGCUCCUGAUCCGUCAUGUCCUUCUCGUCCUCCAACGUCUUCUUGUAGUUCUUCGCCAGCUUCAACAUCGCCUUCAGAUGCUCCUUGUUCGCUUCGCCACACUUUGUGUAGUUCUCCACACUCACUGCGUCCAUCCACGACAAUUUGUUGAGAUUCAACAACAUCUUCUGCUCCAGAUCGUGUGUUCGCGAUUCGAUAAGAAAAUGUGCUCCAAAUACGAUAAUUUGGUGUCCGAGAAGCAGAAAACCUAUUCCGAAUGGGAUUGUGCUAAUAUCAGAGCAGUUUUGCGUGAAAACUAUGCCACCAACGCCGUCAAAAGCUAG